AUGUUAUUCAGAGCGGGUAAUAAGACAUACCCGUUCGAACAGGAGAUCGAGUUGAACGGCGCUCCUCUGCAAAGAGUGAACAUAUUCAAAUAUUUGGGCCACUGGGUCACACCAGACCUAAGUGACAAUUUAGACAUAGAACGGGAGCGCAGGUCGUUGGCUGUCCGAUGUAAUAUGUUGGCCCGCAGGUUUGCAGGGUGUACCAAAGAAAUGAAGGUGACAUUUUUCAAGGCGUAUUGCCAGUCCUUCUACACUUGCAGCCUGUGGGUGAACUAUACGAAGCGGGCAUACAGCGACCUGCGUGUCCAGUACAACAACGCAUUCAGGGCUCUGAUGGGGCUGCGGCGUUUCUGCAGCGCGUCCGGCAUGCUGGCCGAGGCGCGUGUGGACAGCUUCCAGGCGAUCAUGCGCUCGCGGUGCCUCUCCAUGUGGCGCCGCAUGCGCUGCGGCUCCAAUGGCAUCCUGAAUGCGUUGGCGGACCGGUGGGACUCUCCGAUGCUGGCGCGCUGGAUAAGGCUACAUGCAGUCAAGUUGACAGCCUUCUAG